AUGACAUCGGAUUCAUCCACCACGCAUGCCGAGUCGAUAAUUGAAAAGGGUGGAAUACAAUUGGCGGAUUCCACGGCCGACAUGAAAAAAAAAUCUAUCUAUGGUACGGAAACGAUGUGGCGCAUGGCGCCCGAAUUGCUCCAGAUCAGGGAACGAGACGAAGAGGGCGGAGAGAAGCCCAAAAUGCUCGGUGUCGCUUGGGACAACCUCACUGUGAAAGGCGUUGGCGGUGACGCAACGUUCAAUGAGAACGUCCUCUCCCAGCUUUUCCCCUUCCAUAGGCGUGGCAAAGGUAGCAAAACUAGGACAAUCAUUGAAAGUUCGUUUGGAUGCGUCAAGCCAGGGGAGAUGUUGCUCGUUCUGGGACGACCUGGGGCGGGCUGCACUACGCUGCUGAACAUACUCGCAAACAAUCGUCUCGGCUACGAAGAAGUCACAGGGCACGUCAGCUUUGGAAACAUGUCUGCUGAGGAAGCCAGGCAGUACCGUGGCCAGAUUGUUAUGAACACGGAGGAGGAAAUCUUCUUUCCGACACUGUCUGUGGAAGACACAAUCGAUUUUGCCGCUCGCAUGAAAGUCCCAUAUCAACUACCACCUGGGAUCACGACUCAUGAGGAAAGCGUUCAGGCCUCUAAAGAUUUUCUCCUGCGAUCGGUUGGAAUUUCUCACACCGCACGGACUAAGGUGGGGGAUGCCUUUAUCAGGGGUGUCUCCGGAGGAGAAAGGAAACGCGUCUCAAUUCUGGAGUGUCUUACUACCCGUGCUAGUGUCUUUUGUUGGGACAAUUCGACAAGAGGCCUUGACGCCAGCACUGCCCUUGAGUGGGUCAAGGCCAUCAGGGUGAUGACAGACCUCCUAGGGCUCAGUACCAUUGUCACUCUCUAUCAGGCAGGGAACGGCAUCUACGAACAUUUCGAUAAGGUUCUGCUUCUUGAUGAGGGUAAACAGAUCUUCUAUGGACCUCAAAAGAAUGCUGUUCCAUUUAUGGAGGGCCUAGGCUUCAUGCGCGAUCCGGGUUCUAACCGGAGUGAUUUUCUAACAGGCGUGACAGUCCCUACUGAACGUGUCAUUUCCCCUGGAUAUGAGGACAAAUUUCCACACACCGCCGACGAGAUCCGUACUGCGUACGAGCAGUCCCAUAUCAAGCUCAAAAUGCUGGAGGAGGCCCAGAGCUACCCAACAAGCACAGAAGCGGCUGACAACACGACUGUAUUCAAAGAAAUGGUUGCUCGUGAAAAGCACAGGGGUGUGUCAAAAAGGUCCUCCGUCACAACUGGUUUUGUCACUCAAUUAACUGCUGCGAUUAUCAGGCAGUACCAGCUCAUGUGGGGGGACAAGACGACUCUAUUUAUGAAGCAAGGCGCUACUGUUAUCCAGGCUCUCUUGGGUGGUUCUCUUUUCUAUUCUGCGCCUGAUAAUUCUAUCGGCCUUUUCCUGAAGGGUGGUGCCCUCUUUUUCUCUAUUUUAUACAAUGCUUUGAUAGCCCUAUCAGAGGUUACCGACUCGUUUACAGGUCGACCUAUUCUCGCAAAACACCGCUCCUUCGCAUUGUACCACCCCGCAGCCAUUUGUAUUGCCCAGAUUGCGGCGGAUAUACCAAUCUUACUAUUUCAGGUUACGCAUUUCGGCCUUAUCCUAUACUUCAUGGUUGGACUGAAGACUACAGCCGGGGCAUUCUUUACUUACUUGGUCACCAACUUCAUGACCGCUAUGUCUAUGACAGCCUUCUUUCGACUAGUCGGCGCCGCAUUCCCUACUUUCGACGCUGCGUCCAAAGUCUCAGGACUCUCGAUCGUAGCGCUGUUUGUCUAUAUGGGAUAUAUGAUUAUCAAGCCCCAGAUGCAUCCAUGGUUCGUGUGGAUCUUCUGGAUCAACCCUAUGGCCUACGGAUUUGAAGCUCUUCUUGGAAACGAAUUCCAUGAUCAGAUUAUCCCGUGUUACGGACCUAACUUGGUUCCCAGCGGCCCUGACUAUGUUGGUGAAGGGGGGCAAUCAUGUGCCGGUGUUAUUGGUGCAUCGCCUGGGGCGACGAGCUUGGCCGGUGAUGAAUAUCUCGCAGCCAUGUCAUUUAGCCAUAGUCAUAUAUGGCGUAACUUUGGAAUAAUCUGUGCCUGGUGGGUACUCUUCAUUGUGCUCACGAUCAUUUUCACUUCCAGGUGGAAGCUGCUUGGGGAAGGAGACCGUAAAAUCCUGAUUCCUCGAGAGUUGGAGCAUAAAUCAAAACAUCUUUUGCAGGCCCGAGACGAGGAAGCGCAGCCCACGGAGAAGCGUGUCAGUUCCAGCUCUGAUGCUUCAGGAGAGGGCUUCGGAAAUAACCUGCUCCGCAACACGAGUAUUUUCACUUGGAAGAACCUGACGUAUACUGUCCCAACGGCCGACGGCGACCGUGUCCUUCUUGACAAUGUUCAAGGAUAUGUCAAGCCCGGUAUGCUUGGAGCUCUAAUGGGCUCGUCUGGAGCUGGCAAGACGACAUUACUGGAUGUUCUCGCACAACGCAAAACCUCGGGAUCAAUCCAUGGAUCUGUCUUGGUGGAUGGUCGUCCUCUUCCCCUUUCUUUUCAACGUUCCGCUGGUUAUGUUGAACAGUUGGAUAUUCACGAGCCCUAUGCAACUGUCCGUGAGGCCCUCGAGUUUUCAGCGCUAUUACGCCAAUCUCGUGAUACACCCACUGAAGAAAAGCUGCGAUAUGUGGACACCAUUAUUAAUCUUCUGGAACUGAAUGAUCUUGAACAUACCCUCAUUGGUCGGCCAGGCGCCGGUCUCUCGGUAGAGCAACGUAAACGCCUUACUAUCGGUGUGGAACUUGUGGCAAAGCCGAGUAUCUUGAUAUUCCUUGAUGAGCCCACAUCUGGGCUUGAUGGUCAGGCGGCCUAUAAUACUGUUCGAUUUCUUCGCAAGCUUGCCGAAGUAGGGCAAGCUAUUCUCGUGACCAUCCAUCAACCCUCGGCACAGUUGUUUGCGCAAUUCGAUAAACUAUUAUUAUUGGCUGCCGGCGGCAAGACUGUGUACUUUGGAGAUAUAGGACAGAAUGCGAACAUUGUCAAGGAAUACUUUGGACGCCACGGCAGGCCUUGCCCACCUGAGGCCAAUCCUGCUGAACAUAUUAUUGAUGUUCUAUCGGCAAGCGGGAACCUUGAUUGGAACCAGAUCUGGCUGGAGUCGCCGGAGCAUGACAAACUCUCCAAGGAACUGGACUGCCUGGUCGCUGAUGCUGUAGCUCGACCUACAGCAGCAAAUGAUGAUCUACACGAAUUUGCUGCUUCGCUCUGGACGCAAGCCAAGCUUGUGACGCACCGCAUGAAUGUCUCUCUCUAUCGGAACACCGAGUACCUCAACAAUAAAUUUGCAAUGCAUAUCAGCCUAGCGCUGCUAAACGGCUUUACCUUCUGGCAGAUUGGAGACGCACUCACGGAUCUACAGCAGAACCUUUUUACUGUGUUCAACUUUAUCUUUGUUGCUCCGGGUGUUAUCUCCCAGUUGCAGCCACUCUUUAUUGACCGCCGGGACAUUUUCGAGGCGCGAGAGAAGAAAAGUAAGAUUUACCACUGGGCUCCCUUCGUGACUGGUCUUAUAGUCUCGGAGUUCCCUUACUUGCUUGUCUGUGCGUUGCUGUACUACGUUUGCUGGUACUUUACCAGCGGCCUUCCCACCUCCGCUGAUCAUGCUGGAAGCGUCUUUUUUGUUGCAGUAAUGUAUGAGUGCCUAUACACGGGCAUAGGCCAGAUGAUUGCUGCUUACACACCAAAUGCCGUCUUUGCCUCUCUGGUCAACCCUCUGGUGAUUACCACUCUCGUCUCGUUCUGCGGAGUGAUGGUUCCAUAUAGCCAGAUCGUGGCAUUCUGGCGAUACUGGAUGUACUACCUAGACCCCUUCAACUAUCUCAUGAGCUCUCUGCUGGUAUUCACUACUUGGGACAAGCCCGUGCACUGCAGGCCCGAGGAGCUAGCAGUGUUUGAUCCGGCUCCCAAUUUCACAUGUGGUGAAUAUCUCAAUGUCUAUCAGCAGGGCGCCGGCAGAGCCACGAACCUUCUGAACCCGGAUGACAACCUCGGAUGCCGAGUCUGCCAGUAUACUGAAGGCGGAGAUUACCUCCGUACACUGAAUCUGCAGGAACAAUACUAUGGAUGGAGAAAUGCAGGCAUUGUUGUUGUAUUUGUGGUCGGUAUUUACGGGCUUGUAUUCCUUAUGAUGAAACUCAGGACCAAAGCUACCAAAAAGGCUGAGUCCUAA